AUGAGUGUCAACUCCACAGGAAGUUUACAAGCAUUGAGAAAGGAGAAGUCCCGGGAUGCUGCUCGCUCCCGCCGGGGGAAAGAAAACUUUGAGUUCUAUGAAUUGGCCAAGUUGUUGCCUCUUCCUGCAGCCAUCACUAGCCAGCUUGACAAGGCCUCCAUCAUUCGACUUACAAUUAGCUAUCUGAAAAUGAGAGACUUUGCUAACCAGGGGGACCCUCCAUGGAACUUGCGAAUGGAAGGCCCUCCACCUAACACGUCAGUAAAAGUUAUAGGUGCACAGCGAAGGAGAAGCCCCAGUGCACUGGCCAUUGAAGUAUUUGAAGCACAUUUGGGAAGUCACAUUUUGCAGAACUUGGCUGAAGCUGGAGCCAAAAUCUAUAUUGGUUUAAUCUUAAGUGGCUUUGUGAACAAGUGCAUACAGGCACCGAAGGAACUGAAAGGAUCCCCAAGCAUCAACAUCGUCCGCUCCUUAAAUCCAGCCAUCAACACUGUCGUGGCACCAUGA